CCCGUUGCUGCUACGCAUUUUUGACAACCAGCUGAUAUACCGGCGAUGUUUUAAAUCGUUUGAUUAACAUAUUUUAUAAUUUUCUUUACUUCCAAUCAUUGAAAAUAAACAAUGUUAUCACAGAAAGCACGCUCGUUAAUUUCACCACUACGCAUGGCGUUGGUACAAGCAGCACGUUGCAGCUCCACAGACGCUCCGCCUCGUGUGGAAAAAACUGUCAACAAUGUAACCGUUCUGGGACGAGUUGGCGCUGAUCCACAAAUGCGCGGGUCCGUUGAACAUCCGGUUGUCAUGUUUUCAGUGGCGACCCACACUAAUUACAGAUACGAAAACGGUGACUGGGCGCAGCGUACGGACUGGCAUCGUAUUGUGGUCUUCAAACCAAAUUUGCGCGACACUGUCAUGGAGCAUUUGAAGAAAGGUCAACGCACGAUGGUGCAAGGAAAAAUCACUUAUGGCGAAAUCACUGAUCAGCAGGGUAACCAAAAGACAACCACAAGCAUUAUAGCUGAUGAUGUAAUCUUCUUCCGCACUGACUCGUGAUUAUACGAUGAAAGUUGUUAGACACUUAUUUUUAAGCCGUUUCACACACUAUUCUUAUGUAACUAAACUUUAAAAGUGUCCAAAAAUAGUUACAAAGCGUUCGUUAGUAUAUAGGAAUUCAUACAGUCAAACAUCAUCUCGCCGCAAUGGUUCAGGGAACUCAUUCAUUUACUAAAUUGUUUUUCAUUGCACCGAAAAUACAUUAUUUGUUAUGUUAAAAAGUGAAUUUGAGUACGCUAAUGAGCUAAAAAGUAAAUCAAUAUACUAAGCAUUUAAUACUACACUAAACGAAAA